AUGUCGCCCGACAGCCCUCCGCCUACCUCCGCCCUUUGCCGCCCGAUGCGUGCAAGCGCCCAUGGCGGGCAGGCGGGUGAGGGAAGCGGCGGGCGGGCCGAAGGGGGCCGGCGGUGGCGGUGGCGCGCGCGAUGGCGCGAGGCGGCGGUGGCGGGGGCGCGGCCGCAGGAGCGAUGGGGGCACUCCGCCGUGGCGUGGGAUGGCAAGCUGAUCGUGUUCGGGGGGUGUUUCGGAGCGCAGCACUUCUCCACCGUGCUGGCGCUGGACCUCACCACGCUCGCCUGGGCGCCCCUGUCGGCGCACGGCCAUCUGCCCCCGCCCUGCGACUGCCACUCCGCCUCGCUGCUCUCCCGCGGCCGCAUGCUCGUCUUCGGCGGCACCGACGGCCGCCGCCGCCUCGCCGCCACACACCUGCUGCACCUGCCCUCCAAGCGGUGGCACCGCGUGGGGGGAGGGGCGGCAGGGGAGAGGAGUGCGCUGUGUGUGGCGGGUGGGAGUGUGAGUGAGGUGGGUGGUGCGAUGGAGGAGGGGGGAGUGGAGGGGAGUGAGGUGCGAGAAGGCGGUGAGAGAGGGCAGCAGGGGGGCGGAGGGGAGGUGGAGAGUGGCGUGAGCUGCGUGGACGAGGCGGGGGUGACAGCGAGGCAGGGGGGGAGGGGGGCAGAGGGGAGGAGGCGGCAGGUGGAGAGGCGGGGCAGUGACGGGUCGCACGUGUCGAGCAGCAGUGUGGUGCGGCACGGAGGUGAGAGGGACGAGGGCGAGGGGCUGGUGUUGGGCACGAGGCAGGGCAGUGGCGGCGACACGGACAUGGACGGCAGCAGCCGAGGCACCCCGUGUGGGCGGGUGGGUCCCGUGCAGCCUGGCGCGCUUGCUGCUGUGCACCCCCCUGCCAGGGAGAGCCACGCAGCAGCGGUUCUGUGGCUGCCACGGCGUAAGGGGGUGGAGGACGAAGGGGGAGGGGGUGCGGUGGAGUGGCGAGAGACGGUGCUGGUGUUCGGCGGCAGUGGGGACGAGGAGGGCCGUGAUGGUACGGAUGGGAGUGCGAGGGGGGGAGGCAUGGAGGGCUGGAGGGGAGAGGAGCGGAGAGGCGGGGGAGGGGAGGGGGGCAGCAUGAGCGAGGGGGGCGGCAAGGGGCGGUAUCUGAACGACCUGUGGGCGCUGGACGUGCCGUCCUUGACGUGGUGCCGCCUCCAUGCACCGCACUCACUGCCGCCCGCCACCCAUGCGCCACAUGGCCCGCCAGGGGGCAUGGCACGUCACCCUCCCCCGUGUGCGCGCGACAGCCACAGCAUGGUGGUGAUGGGCGGGGCGGGCGAGCAGCAGGUGGCGGUGGUGUUCGGCGGCGACUGUGGCGCGCGGUACCUGAGCGACCUGCACCUGCUGCACGUCGCUGACCUCUCCUGGCAACAUGUGCGUCCUCUUGGGCAAGGGCUGCGAGGGG